CGCCAAAGCCAAAGGCAGCCGUCACCAACCACCGCACCCUGGAUCAACACCACAACGAACCUCGAAACAAGUCUUCCGCUUGAGGACUGCCUGCUUCCAGAGCUGCCAUCAUGGCACCUACCAAGGACACCAUGUUCCGGUCUGCGGACAUGUCCUUGACGCAGCUCUACAUUGCCAAUGAGAUAGGGCGCGAAGUCGUCUCUGCGCUAGGCGAGCUCGGUGUGAUGGACUUUAGAGAUCUCAACUCCGAGACCACCGCAUUCCAACGUACCUUUACCCAGGAGAUCCGUCGAUUGGACAAUGUGGAAAGACAGCUUCGAUAUUUCCAUUCGCAGAUGGAGAAAGCGGCUAUUCCGAUGCGAUCCAUUUACGAUUUCAACAAUCCAUUCACCUCUCCGUCUGCCUCGGAGAUCGACGAGCUCGCCGACAAGAGCCAGAGCCUGGAGAACAGGAUCUCGUCGCUCAAUGAGAGCUAUGAGACAUUGAAGCGUCGUGAGGUCGAGCUCACCGAGUGGCGUUGGGUCCUCCAAGAGGCUGGCGGCUUCUUCGACAGGGCUCGUGGCCAAACUGAGGAAAUCCGACACUCGCUCGACAACGACGAUGCUCCCCUUCUCCGCGAUGUCGAACAACAUGGUCAAGGGGAACCAGCCGGGGAACAGUCCUUCUCCGUCAUGAACAUUGGAUUCGUUGCCGGCGUUAUCCCCCGCGAGCGCAUUGCAGCUUUCGAACGCAUUCUCUGGAGGACUCUCCGUGGCAACCUGUACAUGAAUCAAUCCGAGAUUCCAAAGCCUAUUAUCAAUCCCGAGAACAACGAAGAGAUUAGCAAGAACGUUUUCAUCAUCUUCGCCCAUGGCAAGGAGAUCAUUGCGAAGAUCAGAAAGAUCUCGGAGUCUCUUGGUGCCGAUCUCUACAGCGUGGAUGAGAACAGCGAGCUUCGUCGUGAUCAGAUCCGCGAGGUCAACACUCGAUUGAGCGACCUUGCAAGCGUUCUGAGGAACACCAAAUCUACUUUGGAUGCUGAGUUGACUGCCAUUAGUCGUUCCCUGGCUGCUUGGAUGGUAAUCAUCAAGAAAGAAAAAGGGACAUACCAAACGCUCAACAAGUUCUCCUAUGACCACCAGCGCAAGACCCUCAUUGCAGAGGCAUGGGCUCCUACUAACUACCUUGGACUGAUUAAAUCGACCCUUCAGGAUGUCAACGACCGAGCUGGUCUGUCUGUCCCUACCAUUGUGAAUCAAGUUAAGACAACCAAAACACCCCCGACAUAUUUCAAGACCAACCGUUUUACCCUCGCUUUCCAGACCAUCAUCGAUGCUUACGGAACGAUCAAGUAUCGUGAAGUCAAUCCAGCUCUUCCUACAAUCGUCACCUUCCCAUUCCUUUUCGCCGUCAUGUUCGGAGACUUUGGCCAUGGUCUUAUCUUGUUCCUUGCGUCUUUGGCAAUGAUCUACUACGAGCGGAAACUCAUGCGCAGCAAGCUGGAUGAACUGUUCUCCAUGAUCUUCUACGGUCGAUACAUCGUCUUCAUGAUGGGCCUCUUCUCCAUGUACACCGGUUUGAUCUACUGCGAUGCCUUCUCCAAAGAACUGCCCAUUUUCACAUCGAUGUGGACGUGGGAUGGCAAUGGAAUGGGACCAACCGCCUCGCGUCUAGACGGCUACACUUACCCAUUCGGCCUUGAUUGGAGAUGGCACGACACAGACAACGACCUGCUCUUCUCCAACAGCUACAAGAUGAAGCUGAGUAUCCUGCUUGGUUGGUGUCACAUGACUUUCUCUCUCUGUUGGUCACUCAUCAAUGCGCGCUACUUCCACACUCCGAUCGAUAUCUGGGGAAAUUUUGUGCCUGGAAUGAUCUUCUUCCAGUCGAUCUUUGGGUACUUGUCAUUCUCAAUCGUCUACAAGUGGUGUGUUGAUUGGAAUGCUCUUGGGCGUAGCCCUCCCAGUCUGCUAAAUAUGUUGAUUUAUAUGUUCCUCAAACCAGGGAUCUUAGAGGACCCAGAGCAGCCACUUUACAAAGGACAAGCUAAAAUCCAGGUCAUUCUGCUGCUUCUAGCAGUGAUUUGUGUACCGAUUCUUCUUUUUCUUAAACCCUUCUAUCUUAGGUACGAGCACAACAAGGCUCGUGCAAUGGGAUAUCGUGGCAUCGGAGAAAACACUCGGGUCAGCGCUCUAGACGACGAUGAUGAUGAAGGCCAGACACUCAAUGGUGGACGAGAGAGCUUUGGCGAUGAUGAAGACGGCAUUGCUAUGAUCACCCAGGACAUCGGCCAUGGCGAAGAGCAUGAAGAAUUCGAAUUUAGCGAGAUCAUGAUUCACCAGGUGAUUCACACCAUAGAAUUCUGUCUCAACUGCGUUUCCCACACUGCUUCCUAUCUCCGUCUUUGGGCCCUGUCACUCGCACAUCAACGUCUCUCGAUUGUGCUCUGGGACAUGACAAUGAAGAUUGCGUUCGGUUUCACCGGUAUCGGGGGAGCCAUUAUACUCGUCGUUGUCUUCUAUCUCUGGUUCUCGCUGACCGUCUUCGUUCUGUGUGUCAUGGAAGGCACUAGCGCCAUGCUGCAUUCCUUGCGUCUGCACUGGGUGGAAGCCAUGAGCAAGCAUUUCAUGGGCGACGGUUUGCCGUUCGAGCCUUUCAGUUUCAAAGUCAUACUAGAAGAAGAUCCAGUCGAGUAGUGGUAUCUCUUUUUUUUUUGGUUCAUUUUGUAGUUGUUGUAGGGCCAGAGAGCGAUUUGGUAUCUCCUUGUGUAGGUUGCUAGAGCAACAUCGUCUGGUCUGUAUAUAGAAUGUAGUAUGUAC